AAUGUUCCUGAAAGUUCCAGCAAUUUGCUGGAAGUGUCGCUGAGAGCGAAAGAAGAGAGGCAGGCAUAAAAUGGGGAAGGAUUAUUAUAAAAUCCUUGGCAUUCAGAAGGGAACCGCAGAUGAUGAGAUCAAAAAGGCAUACAGGAAGAUGGCCUUAAAGUACCACCCUGACAAAAACAAAUCUCCGGAUGCAGAGGACAAGUUCAAGGAAAUUGCUGAAGCUUAUGAUGUACUCAGUGACCCCAAGAAACGGGAGAUUUACGACCAGUUUGGAGAGGAAGGAUUAAAGGGUGGUGGGUCUGCUGGUCCCAAUGGUACCAACUUCCAGUAUACCUUCCAUGGAGACCCUCAUGCAGUCUUUGCAGAGUUUUUUGGUGGAAGGAACCCUUUCGACAUCUUCUUUGGUCAGAAAAACGGCGAGGAUGACAUGGAGAUCGAUGAGGAUCCGCUGAGCUCCUUCAGUGGGUUUGGCAUGAGUGGCAUGGGAAUGGGUGGCAUGGGCGGCAUGCCUGGUUUCCAGCGAGCACGGACGUCGGCCAAGAAGCAGGAUCCUCCAGUGACUCAUGAGCUGAAAGUUUCCCUAGAAGAGAUUUUCACUGGCUGUACCAAGAAGAUGAAGAUCCGGCGGAAGCGCCUGAAUCCCGAUCGGCAAACGUUGAGGCAGGAAGACACCAUCCUGACAAUUGAUAUCAAGAAGGGCUGGAAGGAAGGGACAAAAAUCACCUUCCCCAAGCAAGGUGAUGAAACUGCCAACAACAUUCCUGCAGACAUCAUCUUUGUUCUAAAGGACAAGCCACAUCCUGUCUUCAAGCGGAAUGGAUCUGAUAUCAUCUACAUGGCAAAAAUCACCCUCCGUGAGGCACUAUGUGGUUGCACACUGUUGAUACCAACACUGGAUAAGAAAACUCACAUGAUGGCCUUCAAGGAUGUCAUCCAGCCAGGGUCACAGAGGAGAAUAUCAGGGGAAGGAUUACCACUGCCAAAGCAACCUGACCACCGAGGCGAUUUGGUGAUCGAGUUCCAAGUGCAUUUUCCUGAAUCUCUGUCAAACGCAACACGGGAAAAGCUGAAGGAGCUGCUGCCACUGUAACAGCUGCAGAGGUCCUGGGGGAGAUGAGUGAUUGAGGGUGGGGAAGGAACAAAAUCAUAUUGUAGUGGACUGUAACUGCCACACUGUGGUCUGGGUGGCCACAUCAACUUGGACCUACCAUUGAGCAAGUUGCUUAAUGUGUUUUUAAAAAAAAUAAUAAAUCCUAUAUCUCAGUCUUUACAUAAUUGGAAAUUGUUGGUAUACAGACUGUACCUUCAAAAUACUGCAACAUGUGUUCAACUUCAUGCUACCUUCAGUGUAAAUAAUACACAUUUGUUACCAAAUAUACAGUACAAAAAGUAUUGCCUAAUCUAUUCACAUAGUUUAUCUGUAAUGUGGCUGACUACUUGUUUAAAAUAAAUCAUUUUUCUUUUUCUCCUAAA